AUGAAUGAUGUGAAGCUUACUGUUUUGGGAGGUGAAGGAACAGGAAAAUCUGCCCUUAUAGUAAGGUUUCUUACCAAGCGCUUCAUUGGAGAAUAUGCUUCUAAUUUUGAAUCUAUCUAUAACAAGCAUUUGUGUUUGGAAGGGAAGCAAUUGAAUCUAGAAAUAUAUGACCCUUGUUCUCAGCCACAGAAAGCAAAAUUUUCCCUCACAAGUGAGCUGCACUGGGCGGACGGGUUUGUUAUUGUGUAUGACAUCAGUGACAGGUCUUCCUUUGCAUUUGCAAAAGCAUUAAUCUACAGAAUUCGGGAGCCACAGACAAGUCAUUGUAAAAGAGCUGUGGAGUCAGCAGUGCUUUUGGUGGGUAACAAGCAAGAUCUCUGUCAUGUGCGAGAGGUUGGCUGGGAAGAAGGGCACAAACUGGCAUUGGAUAACCGGUGCCAAUUCUGUGAACUGUCUGCAGCAGAGCAAUCUCUGGAGGUGGAAAUGAUGUUUAUCAGAAUUAUCAAGGACAUCCUGACAAAUUUCAAACUCAAAGAAAAGAGAAGAUACAGUGGAUCUAAAUCCAUGGUCAAGCUGAUCAAUAAUGUAUUUGGAAAGAGAAGGAAAUCUGUUUAG